UUGGCUCUUUGUCAUCUGAGGAUCAUGACUUUGACCCAUCUGCUGAAAUGCUGGUACAUGAUUAUGAUGAUGAGCGAACUCUCGAAGAAGAGGAAAUGAUGGAAGAGAGCAAAAAUUUCAGCUCUGAAAUUGAAGAUUUAGAAAAGGAAGGAAACAUGCCAUUGGAAGAUUUACUGGCAUUCUAUGGCUAUGAACCCACAAUUCCAGUUAUGCCAGGUUCCAAUGCAGAUAGCUCUCCAAGUGAACUUGCAGAUGAACUUCCAGAUAUGACUUUAGAUAAAGAGGAAAUUGCUAAAGACCUUUUGUCGGGUGAUGAUGAAGAAACACAGUCCUCUGCUGAUGACUUGACACCGUCCGUUACUUCACAUGAGGCUACCGACUUCUUUCCUCGGCCAUUAAGAUCAAACACUACGUGUGAUGGAGAUAAGGAGUCGGAUGGUGAAGAUGUAGAGGCAGACAAUGGUAAUUCAUCUGAAGAUUUGAGAAAGGAAAUAAUGGUUGGUUCACAGUACCAGGCUGAAAUUCCACCUUACCUUGGCAGAUACAGCGAUGAUGAAAAGGCCUAUGAAAAUGAAGACCAUUUACUAUGGAAACCUGAUGUGAUCUCAGAAAGUAAAGUUAAGGAAUACCUUUUUGAAACCUCCUUAAGAACAGGAAAUGAAAAAAUGAUUGGCAGAAUUUCUGAAGGACUACAUACACGGGACAAUGAACAAGCACUGUAUGAACUUCUUAAAAGUAGCCAUAACGUUAAAGAAGCAAUGGAGAGAUACUGCUCAAAUGGAAAGGCAUCUCAGG